ACCAUCUGUAAUGAGGUCUGGUGCCCUCUUCUGGCCUGCAGACAUACACACAGACAGAAUAUUGUAUAUAUAAUAAAUAAAUAAAUAUUAAAAAAAAAGAAAUCUGUUUCUACGGGACUCAUCUUCUCAGGGGGAGUUGAGGUCACCCUCCUCAGGGAGAUGAGCCCACCAGCUAGCUCCUGGGUUCUGGUCACGAGCUUCUAGCAGGUGCUUCCUCCCAGCACACUUCCACAGGACCAAGGCAGAGCCACAAAGGCUGCUGUCACACCAUUCUGCAGGGAGGAGAGUGUUUCCCAGCUGGCAAGGGCCCCAGGAGCAGUGGCUGUGGGAAGCAGACUGUGCAGGUCGCAAGCCAUGGCCUGGACUUCUGUCCUGAUCAUGCUGCUGGCCCACCUCACAGGUUGUGGCCCUCAGCUCGUGUUGCAUCAACCACCAUCUGCCUCUUCCUUGCUUGGAACCACCAUUCGUCUCACCUGCGCCCUGAGCAGCAACCAUAACAUCGACAUUUACAGCAUUUACUGGUACCAGAUGAGGCCGGGUCACCCUCCCAGGUUCCUGCUGGGACAUUUCCCACACUCAGACAAGCCCUGGGGUCCCAAGAUACCCGCUCGCUUCUCCGGAUCCAAAGACGUGGCCAGGAACCUGGCAUAUCUGAGCAUCUCUGAACUGCAGCCUGAGGACGAGGCUGUGUAUUACUGCUCCAUGGGGCCCCGGAACCAGGAAGGGGAGAAGUGGAUGGAGAGGGAGAGAGGAGGAGAAAAGUAGUUCCAGAUUCGGGAUCCCAGGCUCUAGAGACAUUCAGACCCUGCACUUUAGGUGCAGUUUGCUUUGCUGGGCUAGGCUGGUAGAGGGAGGAGGGGUAGAGCAUGGGGCUUCGCAGAGCCAAGGAGAUGGAGCCAUUCAGCUUUCCCUUGUCUUGCAGUGUU